AAUGUCAGAAAUUCAUAAUAAAGAUUAGAAUACUUUUAUGCUAUUGUUCUAGAGCUGAAGUUUUUUAUUUACAUUAAAUAUAAAAAUACCAAUUUAUCUUGCCCGAAUCUAAAAUAGAAAACGGUAACUCCUGAGUUUGGUUGCUACCUUCCCGCACAUUUUUCAUUAUUCAUUCAGUUUUAAAUACAACUUCAUAUUAUAAUAUAUUCAAUGCUUGCUAGAUUUGUAAAUUCAUUGCCAUUUGCGCUAUCACAGCGACUAACCAAGCUUUAUUUUAGAGCAUUAUCUUGGAAACAAGUUGGUUUGCACUCUGAACCCACUAGCAUUGAAUACAAAGCCAUGGAUGUUAAGAUUCUACCAGCCCUUCAGGAUAACUAUAUGUACUUGAUAGUGGAUAAAGCAACAAAGGAAGCCGCUGUUGUUGACCCAGUGGAACCCAACACAGUUUUACAGGCUGUUAAAGAAAUUGGAGUCAACUUAACAACUGUGCUAACAACACAUCACCACUGGGACCAUGCCGGUGGAAACGAGGACUUGGUGAAAAUGCAUCCCGGCUUAAAAGUUCUGGGUGGCGAUGAUCGUAUUGGAGCUAUGACAGAGAAAGUGGCUCACAACACAGAGUUCAAUAUCGGCAAGCUUAAUGUCAAGUGUUUGUUUACCCCUUGCCACACUUCCGGCCACAUAUGCUAUUAUGUUACGGUACCUAACGCUAAUGAAACUGCCGUUUUUACAGGUGAUACACUAUUUUUGGGUGGUUGUGGAAGAUUCUUUGAAGGCACAGCAGAACAGAUGCACAAAGCUCUGAUCGAGAUCCUGGGUAACUUGCCGGAUCAUACCAAAGUAUUUUGCGGUCAUGAGUAUUCCAUUGCAAACUUGAAAUUUGGUGAACAUGUUGAACCAGACAAUGAAGAUCUGAAGAAAAAAAUAAUAUGGGCCAACUCUGUCAGAAAGGAAGAGAAACCAACAGUGCCAUCAACAAUUUCUGAGGAAAAGCUGUACAAUCCUUUCAUGAGAGUUAAUGUUAUGUCUGUUAUGAAGCAUGCUAAUAGAACUGAUCCUAUAGAAACUAUGAAGGCUAUUCGGCUUGAAAAAGACAACUUCAAGGCCCCUGUUGACUAAUUUUUAUUUUUUUUUCACUUCAUUACUUAAUUUUGUUAUUAAAAAUAUAUAUUUUUUUA